CUCCUUGAUGAGGUCACAAAAUGGCGACCACCAUGCGCCUGUGCAAUGGCCUUUCUCUACGCAGUUGUUUAGAUUUGUCGAUUUGAUGGAUACUUCCACUUGUAAUAGUUUCUCAAUUAGCUAAAAGUCUUCGAAAUAUUUUUGUUUGUGUUAAGAUAAGGAUAAUUUCCAAAAUAAAUUGCAUAGUUGUUACAGCAAAGAUUGCGCUGUGUUUUGGAUUAGCUUUUCUCUGGAGUUCUCAUCCCUUGUUGUUGGCUAUUUUGGGAGUUUAUCAACUUUUCAAGCAAUUCUUGUCAUUUUCGUUGAUAAUGGAGUUUCACGUUGGUGGGUCUGUUGGGGUCGUGGUCAGUGGGAAUAACGUACCUGCAUUUCUCACAAAACUUUGGACUCUUGUUGAGGAUCCUGACACCGAUCCUCUAAUCUGCUGGAGCCCAAAUGGCAACAGCUUCCAUGUGUUUGAUCAGUGCCGAUUCUCCAAGGAGGUGCUUCCCAAGUAUUUUAAACACAAUAACAUGGCCAGCUUUGUGCGCCAGCUCAAUAUGUACGGCUUCCGCAAAGUAGUUCACAUUGAGCAGGGCGGCCUGGUGAAGCCUGAGAAGGACGACACUGAAUUCCAGCAUCCCUACUUUCUCCGCCAACAAGAGCAUCUGCUGGAAAAUAUCAAACGGAAAGUUACCAAUGUGUCCAAUGUUAAACAUGAUGAGCUUAAGAUGAGCUCAGACGAUGUCUCGAAAAUCCUGACCAACGUGCAGCACAUAAAGGGCAAGCAGGAGACCAUAGACUCCCAAAUCAUCGCCAUGAAGCAUGAGAAUGAAGCUCUGUGGAGGGAGGUGGCCAGCCUCAGACAGAAACACGCCCAGCAACAGAAAGUCGUCAACAAGCUGAUCCAGUUCCUAGUGACCCUAGUGCAGUCCAACAGAGUCCUGGGGAUGAAGAGAAAGAUUCCCCUGAUGCUGAAUGACAGCAGCUCCGCCCACUCCUUGCCCAAGUUCAGCAGGCAGUACUCUCUGGAACAUCUUCAGGCCUCGCUGCAGGGCUCGCCUGCUAUCUCCGCCUCGGGUGCACCAUUCACCAGUACCGGUCUCUUCACGGCAGAGCCGUCUCUUAACAAUGGCCCCAUAAUCUCUGACGUCACCGACCUGGCACAGGCCAGCCCUGUGGAGGUCACUAAUGAGUGGAUAGAGGAAAGCACGAGCCCAUUGGUCCACAUAAAGGAGGAGCCGUCCAGUCCCGUGUUGGAGGAGGUCUGUCCGGCCGAGGCUGUGAUCGGUGGGGCAGGAGUCCAGGUAGACACGCCCCUGUCCCCCAUCACCUUCAUCAACUCCAUCCUGCAGGAGAGCAACGAGCCUAACGCGUCCCCCGCCCCAACGACCCCUACGGAGCAGAAGUGUCUCAGCCUCGCCUGUCUAGACAAUUCAACACAGAUGUCAGAGGUCUCUCGCCUCUUCCCCAGCCCCUCCUCGACUCUACACCUCAGACCUCACCCAGGGAGUGAGCUGAGUGACCAUUUGGACAGCAUCGACAAUGGCCUGGAAAACCUCCAGACUAUCCUAAACGCGCAGUCCAUCAAUUUCGAGUCCUCACCCCUCUUUGAAUUCUUCAGUUCUUCCCUGCCUGGUUCUGAAUUCGACCUGGAGAGCCUUGACUGUAUCCAGGACUUGCUUUCAUCAGAUCCACCCAAAGGGGCUGAGAGAAGUGACAACUACACAGCAGGGAAGCAGCUGGUCCAGUACACCUCCCAGCCAAUGCUACUGACUGACCCACUGACCAAUGAGAAUGGCGGAGCGGACCUCCCCAUUCUGCUGGAGCUGGAGGGGGACUCGUAUUUCACCCAGGACCAGGACCCUGAAGAGGACCCUACCAUCUCGCUCCUCACUACCGACUACCACACAGCAGCACCAGACAAGCCCGAACUAUCCUAAAGCGUUUUUUUUUAUCAAGUGAUGUAUUGCAGUGUGUUUUUGUUUUUUUGUCAUUAUGUUAAUGUGCAGAUGAUGAAAAAUCAACCUGUUAAAAGAUGUAUUAUUAUGGUGUUCAUUAUUCUCUGAGCUAUUGAUUUUCAUUCAUUUUAAGGCUUAAACUACUUAUUGAAAGAAUUUUGCUUAGAUGAAUCAAACCAAAUGUUCGACUUACGCUACUGGCAUGGUUUAUUCAGCCCAUGGAAAGGACUUCCUGGGUUGAAUUAUCUGUGAUCUUACUGGCGGACAUAAAUAAAGCUCAAUCAUAAUCAUUACUAGGUCAAGUUUUAAGCAUUGAUCACCAAGCUCCUUUAAUUAUUAAAAGUGGAAGUAUGCAAAAUAAUUUUGUUAUACCAAGGGUAAAGAUCUAAUACAUUUCAACGGUGUGUGCGUGUGUGGUCCACGACUCCACCUGAAUCAUUUCUUUCUUGUCAACUCGGUUCUUUUAGACUCACUAUCCAAGGGAUGUGGCUUGACUGUUUCUAGAAGAAAAAAAACGGUUUUUCUGUUUCUUUUUUUAAUGUUUAGGUUCUUGCGCUUUCACCUGUUGAUAUAAGGAUAGUACCUUAAUCAUAAUUUUUUAAGUGUUUGAAUCUUUGUGCUGCACCAAUAUGUUGUUUUAUUCACAUUAGAUGCAGGAAGUGUUUUCUUUGACAUUUUCCCUUGCAUAAUUCAUAAUGGAAUGCUGUUGGUAUUUCAGCACCUUAUAGUUAUACUCUCGUAUCUAAGAUUGUUCCAUUUUAUUACUUGUUGUUUAAAGAACCAUACAUUAAUUUAUUUUAGACAGAGUUCUCCAAAACACCAAAUACUACUUACUCUAGCCCUCAGAAGUGUCAAUGUUCACAUAGUCUGGAUGACAAAAUCAUAUUGAUUUUUUAAGUAAUAUAAUGAAACAUUGAGUAUUGAAUUGCAAUUCAUAUUUUUUUCUUUAAGCAUUUUUUCUUAAAGACUAGAUGACCAACUGUCAAUAAAAUAUUACACGUCAGA